AUGAAGGACGCAUGGGAUACUAUUAUCGACAAGGAGUUCUGGACGUGCGUUGGGACGGUGCUCGAUGUGCUUCGUCCGGUCUACAAGCUGUUGCGGAUUGUUGACGGCAAUCAGGAGGUGAUGGGCAAGAUCUAUGACAAAGUGUUUGUUUUGGAGGACGCGGUGAAGGAGGCGUGUAAGGAGCUGACCGAGGAGGAGAAGGAGGAUGUGACCGACAUCGUGCAGAAUCGGUGGAACAACGACAUCAACUGCGCGCUUCACGUGUCAAUCCAUACAGCUCGUCGUAAUCGCCUUGGAGCGAAACGCCUUCCUGACCUGGUAUACGUGAGCCACAACUAUCACACAGUGAAGAAGUUGAAUGAAGAUCUUGCUAAGAAGCUGGUGGUGAGUGGGCUUCCUGUGGUGCAAGUUAAGGAGGAACCUACUGGCAGCUACGGGCAUCUCGAUGACGACGACAUCCCCGAUGAGGCAUAUCUUGAUGGCCAUGAAGCGGAAGAGCCUAUGGAGUGA